GUAAUACAUUCUUAGUAAUAGGAGGAGAAUAAUAUGUUACUAUCUUGAUUUCUCUCUCAGUCCCAAGCCGGAACCAAACAUGGCUAGCAACUCAGAAGACCACCAAAAUGAUGAUCAUCAACACGUCGUAACCAUGAAUUUGCAAGUCAACAAGGACCACAUAGAGUUGAUGCAAAGAAAAAUCUCGGAACCGCCGCGACUACUCAGCAAAUCCGCCGGAAGAAGCGGCUGCUGCAUUUUCCGGGUGCCCCAGAGCUUCGUGGACGUCAACGGCCGAUCAUAUCAGCCCCGCAUAGUCUCCAUCGGCCCGUACCACCGCGGCAAGCCGCACCUGGAGAUGAUCCAGGAGCACAAGUGGAGAUUUCUGGGCACGUUGUUGCAGAGGACGGAGAAAAUAGGGUUGACCUUAGAGGAUUACUUUCAAGCUGUCCAAUCCCUUGAAAUGGAGGCUCGAGAGUGCUAUUCCGAGGCUAUAAAUCUCAAAACCGAUGAGUUCGUGGAGAUUUUGGUGCUUGAUGGCUGUUUUAUCAUAGAAGUUUUCCGGAAAAUUGGAAGAGUGGUUCCCUCUGAAGAAGACGAUCCCUUCGUUUCCAUGUCCUGGAUAUUCCCUUUUCUUUUAAGGGACUUUAUAAGGCUUGAGAAUCAAAUCCCAUUUUUCAUCCUUCAAAGUCUAUUCGACCUCACUAAAAUCCCCGGUGACGAAUCUUCGCUGUCUAGAAUCGCCUUGUUCUUCUUCAACCACACGUUACAGAGACCGGAGGAAACUCUCGACAAGUACGAAAAUCUCACCGGAAAACACCUACUCGAUUUUCUCCGGUCCAGUUUUAUAACUUUUAUCCCGCCGGUGAACAAAGACCCCCCACGCGAAACAAACUCGCCGAGCCACGUAAUCCACUCCAUCUCCAAGCUCCGUCGCGCCGGAAUCAAGCUGCGCCCGGGAAAGGAAGACAGCUUCCUGGCCAUCAAAUUCCGGCGGGGCGUAAUCUCGAUGCCGCCGAUCACCUUCGACGAUUUCAUGGCCGCAUUCCUGCUCAACUGCGUGGCCUACGAGCAGUGCCACGGGGAAUGCAGCAAACACAUGACCACGUACGCGACAUUAUUGGACUACCUCGUAAACACGUACAAGGAUGUGGAGUACUUGUUGGACUGCAACAUCGUGGAGAAUGAUUUCGGGUCCGACUCGGAGCUCGCGGCCUUCAUAAACAAGCUGGGAAGAGACGUGAUGUUCGACAUCGAUGAGUGCUACCUGGCGCCAUUGUUUGAUGAGGUAAACCAGUAUUAUAACAACAAUUGGCACGUUACUUGGGCUAGUUUCAAGUACACAUAUUUUAACUCGCCAUGGUCCUUCAUCUCCGCCUUGGCCGCCUUUGUUCUUCUGGUUCUGUCCAUUGUCCAGACCAUAUACACUAUUUUGGCUUAUAUUAAUAGAAAUAGAUAAAGACUAUGAUUUAUGUGGUACACUUAUUUUCUAUUUUUAUUGUUUUUGUUGAUACAAUUGGUA